GCUUCAAAGUUUGCAAGAGUUUUGGUAAAUCUUGGAGUUAGGAAAGGAGACAGAGUUUUGAUAUAUAUGCCAAUGAUACCUCAGUCUUUGAUUGCAAUGCAUGGUUGUUCUCGUAUUGGAGCUGUUCAUGUGACUGUAUUUGGUGGUUUUGCUCCUAAUGAGUUAGCGAGAAGAAUUGACGAUGCCAAGCCUAUUGUUAUGGUAACAGCUUCAUGUGGUAUCGAACCUAAUAAAGUAAUUGGAUAUGAGUCUCUCGUUGAUAAAGCACUAAAUUUAGCUUCUCACUCACCAAAGCACAUUGUUACUGUACAAAGAGAACAGCUCAAGCAACUUAAAUUUAUCAAUGGUUUUCAUAUUGAUUGGGAUGAUAAAAUGGAAAGUGCUCUCGGUCAUGAUUGUGUUCCUUUGGAUAGCGAUGAUCCAUUAUAUAUUAUAUAUACUUCUGGAACAACAGGUCGACCAAAGGGUAUCGUACGUGGAAAUGGUUGUCAUGGUGUUGCCUUAAAGUGGAGUAUGAAACAUAUCUAUGACUUGAAACCAGGCGAAAGAUGGUGGGCUGCUUCAGACAUAGGUUGGGUUGUUGGGCAUUCUUAUAUUGUUUAUGGACCACUUUUAAAUAGAAGUACAAGUAUUCUAUUUGAGGGUAAACCUAUUGGAUGCCCUGAUGCAGGAACAUUUUCAAGAAUCAUUGAUGAGUACGAUGUUGUUUCUUUGUUUACUGCACCUACAGCAAUGAGAGUUAUAAGAAAUGCAGAUCCUGAUGGCGAUCUCUCAAAAAAAUAUAAAAUGGAAAAGUUAAGAGUUGUGUUUUUAGCUGGUGAAAAUUGUGAACAGGAUUUGUUGAAAUGGACAUCAAGUGUUUUCAAACGACCUGCUCUUGAUCAUUGGUGGCAAACAGAGAGUGGCUGGCCUAUUACAAGUCACCAUAUUGGACUUGGCUUAUCAACUAAUUAUCAGCAUGGUUCAAGCGGAAAACCUUCUCCAGGGUGGAAUGUAAAAGUAUUGAACAAGAGAUUAGAAGAAUGCAAAGCUGGUGAGCUUGGCGAAAUUUAUGUUAAAUUACCAUUACCUCCUGGAGCAAUGCAAACUUUAUGGAACAAUGACUCAAAAUAUGUUGAAACUUAUUUCACUAAAGGUUACUACAUGACAAUGGAUACUGGCAAGGUUGAUGAUAAUGGCUACAUACAUAUUGGAGGACGUAUUGAUGAUAUUAUUAAUGUAGCAGGUCAUAGGUUGUCAACAAAGCAAAUGGAAAUGGCUAUUGGAAAACAUCCUGAUGUUUCUGAGCAAGUUGUAUUGGGGAUGAAUGACUCCAUAAAAGGUGUUGUUCCUGUUGGAUUGAUAGUAUUGAAAAAACAUUGCACAAAAUCAAAUGAUGAUGUUAUAAAAGAAGUAAUUGCUUUGGUACGCAAUGAUGUUGGACCAGUUGCAGCCCUAAAAAAAGUAGUAGUUUUACCGACACUUCCAAAAACGCGAGCUGGUAAGUUUGUUCGUGGUGUGUUGAAGAAAAUACUUAACGGUGAAGAAUAUCAGGUUCCUCUAACAUUGGAUAACGUUGAUGAUUUUCACGAAAUCGAAUCUAUAUUAAAAAAUUACAAAAAUUAAAUAAAGUGCUUUUAAAAAAUAUGCCAUUUACAUUAA